AUGGUUGAAGCAAGAAUGAACAGCAGAAGGGCACAUAGGAGCAGUGCCCUGGCUGGGAACGUGGCUGUGAUCACUGGGUCCACAUAUGGGAUCCGCUUUGCCAUUGCCCACCGUCUGGCUCAGGACGGGGCUCACGUGGUGAUCAGCAGACGAAAGCAGCAGAACGAGGACCGGGCGGUGGCAGCGCUGCAAGGGGAAGGGCUGAGUGUGACAGACAUAUGCCAUGUGGGUAAGGCCGAGGACCGGGAGCAGUUGGUGGCCACGGCCCUGGAACACAGUGGGGCUGUGGACUUCUUGGUGUGUAACGCUGCAGUGAACCCCUGGGUUGGGGGCACUCUGGGGGCCAGUGAGGAGAUUUGGGACAAGAUCUUGAAUGUCAAUGUGAAGUCUCCAGCCCUGCUGCUGAGCCAGCUGCUGCCCCACAUGGAAAAGAGAGGAGUUGUCAUCCUGGUCUCCUCUGUUGCAGCUUAUAUUCCCCAGGUGGAGGUAGGUCUCUACACUGUCAGUAAGACAGCCCUGCUGGGCCUCGACAGGACACUUUCGAAGGAGCUGGCCCCCAAAGGCAUCCGGGUGAACUGCCUAGUUCCAGGAAUAAUGGAGACUGACUUCAGCCAAGUGUUUCAUAAGAGCAAGACUCUUUGGAACAACUACAAGGAAACCCUGCUGGUGCAGAGGACCGGGCAGCCAGAGGACUGUGCGGGGCUUGUGUCCUUCCUGUGCUCUCCAGAUGCGAGCUACAUCACGGGCGAGAACAUCGCUGUGGCCGGGCACUCCACGAGGCUCUGA